GAAAGAGGCCGGGGAGGAGGGAUGCGGUUCGGCGGAGGCGGCCGCCACAGGGACUCGCCGCCAUCACCCCCGCCGUCGCAGCCUCGGGCUCCCGGGCCGCCACCUCAGCUCGAGAGGAGCCGCCGCCGCCCCUCACGUCCGGGUAAAGUACUCAACUGUGUAGGAUAGUGCAUAGACACUAAAAGACUGUAAUAAAGUGGCAAUGUCUCUGGAACCCACCCCACCUCUACCUGGAGAUAUGUCUAUUGGUCCUAUAGCAGAAAGCUGGUGUUACACACAGGUUAAAGUUGUAAAAUUUUCCUACAUGUGGACCAUUAAUAACUUCAGUUUUUGUCGAGAGGAAAUGGGUGAGGUGUUAAAAAGUUCAACAUUUUCAUCUGGCCCAAAUGACAAAAUGAAAUGGUGCCUGAGGGUAAACCCAAAGGGAUUAGAUGAUGAAAGUAAAGACUACUUGUCCUUAUAUUUGCUUUUAGUCAGCUGCCCCAAAAGUGAAGUUCGAGCAAAAUUCAAAUUUUCCCUUCUGAAUGCUAAAAGGGAAGAAACAAAAGCAAUGGAAAGCCAAAGAGCAUAUCGAUUUGUGCAAGGGAAGGACUGGGGUUUUAAAAAAUUCAUUAGAAGGGAUUUUUUGCUUGAUGAAGCUAAUGGUCUUUUACCAGAUGACAAGCUUACAUUAUUUUGUGAGGUGAGUGUGGUCCAAGAUUCAGUAAACAUAUCAGGACAUACUAAUACAAACACAUUGAAGGUGCCUGAAUGUCGACUAGCGGAAGAUUUAGGUAAUCUCUGGGAAAACACAAGAUUUACAGAUUGCAGUUUUUUUGUGAGAGGAGAAGAAUUUAAAGCUCAUAAAUCUGUGCUUGCAGCUCGAUCCCCAGUUUUUAAUGCAAUGUUUGAACAUGAAAUGGAAGAAAGCAAAAAGAAUCGAGUGGAAAUAAAUGAUUUAGACCCUGAGGUUUUUAAAGAAAUGAUGAGAUUCAUUUACACAGGGAAAGCACCAAACCUUGACAAAAUGGCUGACAACUUGUUGGCAGCUGCAGACAAAUAUGCACUGGAACGGCUGAAGGUCAUGUGCGAAGAAGCUUUGUGUAGUAACCUCUCAGUAGAAAAUGUUGCUGAUACCCUUGUCCUUGCAGAUUUGCACAGUGCAGAACAGUUGAAAGCACAAGCCAUAGACUUUAUUAAUAGGUGCAGUGUACUUCGACAACUUGGGUGUAAAGAUGGGAAAAACUGGAACAGCAACCAAGCAACCGACAUAAUGGAAACAUCAGGGUGGAAAUCCAUGAUUCAGUCUCACCCUCACUUAGUAGCAGAAGCCUUCCGAGCACUAGCAUCUGCACAGUGUCCACAAUUUGGCAUUCCUCGCAAACGGCUAAAACAGUCCUGAAAUCUUCCGUGAACAGUAGAAAAAUGGAAUUGACUUUUACUCCUCCAGGUCCAGAAGGAUUCUAAUACACAAACCAUAAGCAAGAGUUGUUUCUGUUAUCUCGUCCACAGAACAGAAUCUGAAAAAGCAUAUUGCUUGCAUUUCAGGUGGAUAAUUUAUGGUUUAUUCUUCAGCUUUAAAUUAGACUGAUUAAUUCACUUCAAGGCCUUAAAUUAUCUUCAAUAACUUCUCUUGUUCAUAUAAUACUUUAAUUUUUUUAUUGUGCCUUGUCAUUUUGACCAAGGCUAUGCAGGAUUGCACUAGCUCCAUAAUGCAGUAAUAUUGAUAACUGAAGAUAUUAAGUUUCGAAAGGAUCUUCCAUUAUUUUGAGGAAAGAAAAAUGAAUUUUAUAGGGUUUGUCCUACGCUAUCUCAAAGUUUAAAACUAGGUUCUUUUUAAAAGCACUCGUAUUGGAGGUUACCAGUAAUAUCUCCUGUCUAAGUUCUAUAAAUAUAGGAGAACCUGCUUACCUUCAAGGUAAGUUAUGGCAAUACACUGCUUCAAUUCUUAUUUAUUUUUCAUUUCAGGGGGCAAAUAUGCAAUGAGUUGGCCCAGAUUUUUAGUAAAAUUCAUGAUGUUUGUCUGUUAACUGUCCAACAAACUAGGUUUAUCCAAGUUUACAAUGAUUGAAGUCUUAAUUUUAAUCAGUUUUCGACAAGAAGAAAGCAUGUUUUGUGCUGAAGUAAUUUUUUUUAAAUUUAUAGUUACCUGCAUUUACAUGAAGAUUUACAGAAGUACAUGUUAAAAGUAAGGAUGACCAAAUGUAAAUUUAAUGAGUGGGCCAAUUGAGGAAAGAUAUAUAUGCACUUUUAAUGUGUAAUUUUUGUAUGCUCAAUGGUACAUAUAUUUUUUUGCUUUUGAGGGAAUUAGUAAGGUAUAAUUAAUUGUGUCUUAACUUUUGAAAGCAUUUUUUAAGACAGAUGGAGGCAACUGGGAUGCUUGUGAUAAUAGAUAAGAAAGAUAUCCUUGAUUAUAGUUAAAUUGGUUUGGAUUUCAGAUAUUCAUUAUUGACUUUACUCCUGUUUUAUCACACUUUGGAAAAGACACCUGAACAAUAAAUUAAUCCUGGGCAGUCUACUCUCCUUCAAAUAAUGAACUGAUAUUAAUUAUUUGCCUGUGGGAGAUGCAUAUUAAAGGAGAGAACCCAUAUACUAUAUCAGGCCACACGAUGAACUUUCUCGCGCCCUCCCCCUUGUUAUUUUUCUCCUUUGUGUUUCAGUUACUGUACUAACAUUGUUGAUGAUAUUGAAAAUCUACAUAAUGUGAACAGGAUAAACUAUGAUCUGC